AGAGACACAGAGAGCAGAGACAGAGACAGAGUGAGAUACCCGAGUUUAAGGAGGUCUGAGGAGGUCCAGGGUCAUAUUUUGUAUUUUGAAUUUGAGUUUAGUGAAGUUUUAUCUUGAUUUUUGACGUAUUUUUACAGUUCUGUGGAGUUGAGUUUGCGUGUCGUUCUCAUGGAGUUAUGGCAGAACCGCUGCUGAAGAGAACCCUGUCAAGAUUCAGGACCAAAUCUGGACCAAAAGCCAAAGACGUUCCUCCUGCAGCUACACCCACCUCACCCCCCCACCUCCACCUGACACUGCCCUGCACCAAUCAGAGCACAGCACUUGCAACCAGCUCCCACAAUGCACCUGGACAUGAGGCUGGACCUGGUCUAAAUCGGAGUCUGGACUCUCCCUCUCUCUGUGUCCCUAAGUCCUGCUCUAGUCCCAGUUCUGGUCUCAGUCCGGAUCCUAUUCUUGGUCCCAGUCCUGGUCCCGGUCUUGGUCCUGUCCUCCGGUCACCGCGGCGCGGGGCGUACCUGCAGAGUCUGGAGAGUAGCAGCAGAGCCUGGGUCCUGUCUGACCACACCCACGCCCCGCCCCCUGUGCAGCGAGGGGAGGGGCUUAUCUGGUACAACCCAAUCCCAGAGGACGAAGAUGGGCUAGAGGGCAGAGGGGCGGGGUUAAAGAUCAGUGGGGCGGGGACAGAGGAGCAGACUGAGGACACGGAGGACAAAACAGAAGCCAAAGUGACGCCGGAGCACUCAGGGGGCGUGUCCGAGCGCGUGAUUGACAGACUCCGCUCUCCGGCGCUCAAACUGCGGCGUAAACUCAGCCUGAAGUCUCGCCGCGAUCGCCAAGGCAACAGCAACCAGGACACGCCCCCCACUGUUCAGGACACACCCCCUCAGGACAGCUCUUCCCCCUCCAGGAAGCGUCCAAUCAGACGUCAGCACAGCGGGCGCAAAGGUUGCCGUAGUAACGAUGAGGAGCUGUUGCCACAGCAGCAGAUGUCACCACAGCAAGGGGAGGAGCCGAGUGUCUACAGCCCCGCCCACGGUCUGACGGGUGUGCUCACAGUGCACCUGCAGAGACUGGACCUGCCCACACACAGGUCGGGUGAGUCCAGGUGCGUUUCUGUGGUGAUUCAGGUGGAUGAUGUCAUCAGGGCCCGCACCGCUGCCAUGACGAUGACAGGCCCCACUCUUCGGCUCGACCACGCCUUCCACCUGCAGCUGGAGCGAGCUCAAAAGCUCCGGGUCCUGCUCCUGACCCGAGUGAAUCCAGACCCUCAGGUGAAGACCAUCUCCAGGACCAGACUGUGUGGAGCAGGAGGAGCCUCUUUAGCAUCAGUGUUCACACCCAGAGGUUCUCAGACUCAGGACCUGGCUCUGGCCCUGGAGCCCAGAGGGACCCUGCUCCUCAGACUGUCUCUUCAGGCAGGUGAGGAGACCGGGGUCGGAGCUUCCCUGUCAGUGGGCGGGGCUCAGGUGUUUGGGGCGGAGCUUACAGACCUGGUCCAAAGAGAGUCCUCAGAAAAACCAGUCCCUCUGAUCAUCCAGAAAACUGUGACCGAGAUCAACCGCCGAGGACUCAAGGUGCAGGGCGUCUAUAGACUCUGUGGAUCGUCAUCUCUGAAGAAGCAGCUCAGAGACAGUUUUGAGUCGGACAGUUCUUCAGUGGAGCUCCAGGAGUGUCCCGACCUGCACGCUGUAACGGGAGUACUGAAGGAUUACCUGCGCGAGCUGCCAUCUCCGCUCAUAACACCGUCUCUGUACGAAGCAGUGAAAGAGGUCAUGACCUCUGACCCCUGUGUGACCGCAGACCCGGUGCAGCUGCUGCAGUGUCUCCCCCCGGUGCACAGGGCGACGCUGUCUUACCUGAUGGACCACUUGUCUCUCGUGUCCAGCUUCAGCUCGUUAAACAAAAUGUCCGCUCAGAAUCUCGCCGUGUGCUUCGGGGCUGUGUUCUUCGCCGCCGUUCAAACCGACCAAUGGGAGUGCGGCGCCGCAGAGAGGAGCCUAUCAGCGCAGGGCGUGGACUUUAAGCAGCACAUCGAGGCUCUGCACUUCCUGCUCUCCCAUUGGCCUGUCCCACCUCUUCACGUCCCACAAGAGGAAGAGGGCGGGGCCGGAGACCGCUCACCUGAGGCAGUGGGUGGGGCUCCAGAGCACAGGUGCAGAGGGCGGGACCUUAGACACAGACAGGCGGGAGACUGGAGCCGCUACCAGCAGAGGGAGCCAGGUCCCGUGGAGGAGGAGGAGGCGGUCCUGGACUUCGAGGCUCCGUUUAACUGUCGCCUGAGUUUGAAGGACUUUGACCUGCUCAUCCAGGAUUUCCACAGACAACUGAACCAGGUCUAGACCAGGACAGAACCAGGACAGAACCAGGACAGAUCCAGGACAGAACCAGGACUGACCAAGUCUAGACCAGGACUCAACCCUCCAGUCUGAACAGUCCCACAGUCUUUGCCUUCCCUGUUUAAAUGUGUUCUUCUGUAAUCUGACCAAAACCCCACAAAAGUUCAGAUUCAGUUCAGAUUCUCCUUGAACCAGGUCUAAACCUGGUUUAGACGUGUGUGAUCCAGUGUUGCACUCUCAGUGUUGUUUGGUACCACAAUAGUGUUAAUAAUAAUAAUAUUCAUCUUUGUAAUAAUAAUCUUCUAUGAGACAAACAUGGGUCAUGUAUUUGCACUUGCUUUAUAUUGUUUUAUAUUUUGUUUUUUAUGUUUUGUUUCUGUCGUAGUUUUAUUGAAGCACUUGAUCCAAACCAAAGACUGAGACUGUCUCUAAAAUAAUAAAGCCUUAUUUUCA